UCGCUUCUCUUGAUCGUAACACAUUUGUGGAUACGUCGCGCAAGUAGAGAGAAUAUUCCGUCGCAGUUAUCGUGAUCUUCAACGCAGACGAUGUUGUGACGCCAGAUAUCGUCUGCCGUGCGUGUGUGUCGUGAUUACAUCACUCAGCAGGGAGUGGACGAGCAGCGAAUAUAGGCCUAAUCAACUCGGAUUUCCAUCUACGCAGAUAACAAGGAAUACGUCCGCUACGCUGUGUUGCCGGCGGCAUUGUCGCCUACUUGUUCUCGGAUCUUCGUGUUCAUGUGUUGGCGCGGUGGAUUCUGCAAUCGUACCAGGAAGAGCUCGUCGUUACACGUGUACAGUGUGCCCGUGAAAUGAGCACAGAGUGACAGAGAGGACUGCCAGCCUAGCGUCAGUGAAUCUUGAAUCGCCGUGAAUCGGAUUAGUGACGAUCGUGUCUGUCUGUGCGAGACCGAACACAGCGGACGAGCGCGAUGGAGCAAACGUGUCGAUAACCUCAAUCGAAAGCCGAGAAGACAUCUGCCGCCAGGUGGCGCUCUCGACACGGACAUCCUUGCCGCGGUUUCGGAACGCGGACCUCUCCACGCGGGACGCCGUCCGCGUCCGUCGUCGUGGCAACAGUAGUCGUCUCUGCCGAGAAGCUGCGGAGCGCGGGGAUGCGGCCCAGUGGCCGCACCACGCCAGUGUGAGCAGCAGCAGGAGGAGUCGGAAGGAAGAGGAGGACAAGAUGGCCGACCAGCAGCAGCAGCAGCAGCAGGCGUUCAGCCUGAAGCAGCAGCAGCAGCUGCAGCAGCACAUGCUGCUGCAGCAGUUCGAGGCUCACCGCGCAGAGCUGGCGAAGGCGCACGAGGCUGAGCUCGCAGAGACGCUACAGACGCAGCAACAGCUGCUCCUCGCGCAGGAAGCCAACUUCUUCGAGCAGCAGCAGAAGCUGGCGGAGGAGAAGCGCCGCGUCGAGGCCGAGGAGGAGAAGCUGGAGCGCAUCAAGCACAAGGGCAAGCACGAGCAGUCAGCGGUCGCCUCCAGCGAGGUCAAGCAACGGCUCCAGGAAUUCGUGCUCAGCAAGCGACAGCGCGACAUGAGCCACAGCCAGUCGGCGCUGCGCAGCUGGGCGCACGAUGCGGCGGCGGCGGGGGGCGACACCACGGGCGGCGGAGGCGGCGGGGGGCACCACAUGGGGCUGUCGCCGCCGUACAAGCACCCACUGCUUGGCCGCUACGACAGCGACUUCCCGCUGCGCAAGACGGCGUCCGAGCCGAACCUGAAGGUGCGCUCGAUCCUCAAGCACAAGGUGAUCGAGCGCCGCAACAGCCCGCUGCUGACGCGCCGCAAGGCCAUGGCGCCGACGAAACGCAAAGCGCAGCUGGCAUUGGACGCCGACGGCGCGGCGAGCGUCGACUCGGAGCCGAGCUCGCCCGUCCAGAACAGCGAUAUGCGCGCCUCACCCAGCAGCGUCUGCUCACUAGAGGGCGACACCGGCGGCGGCGGCGGCGGGGCAUACGUCGGGCGGCUCCCGCUCGACGUGAUGCGCAGCAUGGGUGUGAAGCAGACGCAGAUCAACGACGCGCUGUACGCAUCGCCGUCGCUCCCCAACAUCUCGCUCGGCCGUCCGCAUUCGUCGACGUCGCCGUGCGGGGGCGCCACCGGCGGCGGCGAGGCCGACACGGAAGCGGACGUGCGCGCGAUGGCAGCGGCGCGCUACGGCAUGCCGCUCACGUCGCACGUGCUUCCCGGCGCGUGGCCCUACUACCCGCCGUCGAUGCCACUCAUUGAAGGCGAGACGACAUCACCCCCGACAUCGCCCGCCACGUACUCGCCGCUCAGCCCGCCGCUGAUCGUGGACGCGGCGCUCACGCGGCAGGCGCGUCUCCAGCGCUCCGGCCUCAAGCCGCUGUCACGCACACAUUCCGCGCCGCUGCCGCUGCAGCACCCGCUGCUUCAGCAGCAGCAGGACCUGCUGCUGCAGCGUGAGCACUACUUGCAGGAGAAGGCCUACUACGACCAGCAGCAGCUGCUGAAGCGGCAGCAGAUACGCCAGGCAAUCCUCUCACGCUGCAACGCCAAGAAGGCAGCGGAAGCGGACGACGACUGCUCCGCCGUGGGGCGCCACGAGCGCCAGAACGACACCAUCCACGAGGAGGUGGAGUCGAUGAGCGUCGACCGCGGCAGCGUAGAUGGCGCCACGUUCGCGAGCGCCGCGGGCGACGUGCUCAACUUUGCGUACGACCUCGCGUCGGUCGGCCCGCCGAUCCCGAAGCCGGUCACGCGCGCUUUCUCGAGCCCGCUCGCCGCGUUCAACACGUCCAUCGCCGAGGAGGCGCCGCCGCCGCCGCAGUACCGCUUUACGACGGGACUCACGUACGACAGCCUGAUGCUGAAGCACCAGUGCACGUGUGGCAACUACUCGCACCACCCGGAGCACGGUGGCCGCCUGCAGAGCAUCUGGGCGCGGCUGCAGGAGACGGGGCUGGCAGCACGCUGCGAGCGCGUGCGGGCGCGCAAGGCCACCCUCGACGAGAUCCAGACGUGCCACACGGAGGCGCACGCGCUCUUCUUCGGCACGAGUCCGCUCAACCGGCAGAAGAUCGACCCGCAUAAGCUCGCCGAGCUCCCGAUCAAGAACUUUGUGAUAAUGCCGUGCGGCGGUCUUGGCGUCGACUCGGACACGAGCUGGAACGAGCUUCACACGGGCGCGGCUGCGCGCAUGGCCGCCGGCUGCGUCAUCGAACUCGCGAUGCGGGUCGGCGCGAACGAGGUGCGGAACGGCUUCGCGAUCGUGCGUCCGCCGGGCCACCACGCCGAGGCGCAGCAGGCGAUGGGCUUCUGUUUCUUCAACAAUGUCGUUAUCGCGGCGCGCGCGCUCCGCUCGCGCGCGAAACUCGAGAAGGUGCUCGUGCUCGACUGGGACAUCCACCACGGCAACGGCACGCAACAGAUGACGUAUGCCGACCCGCACGUGCUCUACAUCUCGUUGCAUCGCCACGACAACGGCAACUUCUUCCCGGGCACAGGCGCGCCGCACGAGGUUGGCGUCGACGACGGCGUUGGAUUCAACGUGAAUAUCGCCUUCUCCGGCGCGCUCGCGCCGCCCAUGUCCGACGCGGAGUACCUCGCCGCGUUCCGCACCGUCAUCAUGCCAAUCGCGCGCGAGUUUGAUCCUGAGGUCGUGCUCGUCUCCGGCGGGUUCGACGCGACGGCGGGCCACCCGCCGCAGCUCGGCGGCUACGAGGUUUCGGCGGCGAUGUUCGGCCACCUGACUCGCGAAGUGAUGACGCUCGCGCGUGGACGCGUCGUGAUCGUGCUCGAGGGUGGCUACAAUCUCCCGACGAUAUGCGACGCGGCGGAGGAGUGCGUGCGCGUGCUGCUCGGCGACGCGCCGUCGCCGCUGCGCGAGGGCGAGCUCACGCGGCCGCCGAACAACAGCUGCCAGGAAGCGCUGGCGGCGGCAAUGACCGUGCAGGCGCCGCACUGGCCGUCGAUCAAGCGCUGGGCGGGCACGAUCGGUUUCACGCACCACGAGGCGGAGGCGUUUGAACGCGAGGAGGCCGAGACGGUGUCGGCGUUUGCGUCGCUGUCCAUGGUGCAGGCCGGCGGUCACUCGCCGCUCAUGCGCAGUAAUGGAGCCGUGAACACGCUGCUUCUCAUCCCCGAGAAACCGAUGGAGGAGGACGACGUGCAGAUCAUCUCCAACCGCAGCGACGGCGGCAAGAUGUGACAUCGCCGCGAGGACGACGACGUGAUCUGUCAUGAUGCGGGACGUCUGUCACGAUGCAGGACGUCUGUCAUGAUGCGCGACAUGAUCUGUCAUGCUGCAGGACGUCUGUCACGAUGCAGGACGUAUGUCAUGAUACAAACGUCUGUCACGAUAUGGGAGAUCUGUCACGACGCGGGACGUAUAUGUCAUGAUACAGAAAGUCUGUCACGACCCGGAACGGCUGUCAUGAUGUGGGACGUCUAUCAUGAUGUGGAACGUCUGUCAUGAUGUGGGAUGUCUGUCCCAAGUUUCGUACAGUAUGACGCGGGACUGCCGUCACAUCGCUUAGUACAGGAUGACAAUCAAUUGUUGUCAUAUUGAGGGACUGUUGUCACAUCAUAUGUGACAGGAUGAAGUGGGACUGUUGUCGUGUCCUGUGGAGCACAGGACGACACGUGACACGGCGAAUGAGACGGCGACUUCCCAGCCUCGCACGCACCCCUGUGUCAGCAUCAUGUGAUACAUUUUAGA